AUGCCAGAGCAGACUAAGCCUUGCUAUCUUAUAAUUGACUAUGAGGUGCUAGCUCCUCCCACCAGCCAAGAAAUCUCUAAAAUCCUUCAGCAGGGCACUGAGGAAGAAAAAAUCGAUGCCAUGAAAACCUUAAUCCUCAUGAUACUUCAAGACGACCAUUAUCCAAGGAUGAUUAUGACAAUAGUCCAACACGCAAUGAGAGCAGAGUCAAAAGACAUGAAAAAACUGCUUCUUCUAUACUGGGAAGCUAUCGAAAAAACAAAUCACGACGGCACCAUCAAAGAUGAAAUGGUUAUGCUCUGCAAUGCUUUGAGAAACGACUUGCUCAGUCCUAAUGAAUUUGUCAGAGCCAAAACUCUUACUCCCCCCCCCCCCCCUCCGUGAGCGAACAAAAAAAUUUUGUUCGCUCACGGAGGGGGGUUAAUUUUUUUUUUUAAAAAAAAAUUUAUAUAUAAAUUUUAUAAAAAAUAUUUUUUUCGAAAUUUAAAAAAAUCCUAAUUUGCAAAAAUUGGGAAGCAAAUAUUAAUUUAAUUUGCAAAAUUUAUGUUUUAAAACGCAAUUUGUUUAAAAUUAAACAGAAUUAGCUCUAGAUUUCAUUAUACUAAUUAUCACUUAUAUAUCAAAAUUUUUUUCCAUUAAAAUUUUUUCUAUUAAAAAAAUUUUUGUUCACUCACGGAGGGUGGGUUUUUGGUCAAAAAAUGGCGAUUUUUCUAAUGGUUUUGUUCGCUCACGGAGGGGGGGGGGGGGGAGUUAGAUUAGUAGCCAAGAUGAAGUAUAGAGAAAUGAUGGACAGCUUACUUCAGCCAGUCGUGGACAAUCUGACUCAUCGCCAUCCGUAUGUUAGAAGAAACGCGGUUAUGUGUGUGUACAGCAUUUAUAUGGCAUUCGGUGACAGCUUGCUCCCUGACGCUGUAGAAAAGGUUGAUGAGCUGCUUAAGAGUGAAACUGAUUUAAGUACUCGCAGAAAUGCAUUGCUCUUUUUAUUUGAAGCAGAACCUAAUGUGGCGAUGAAAUAUCUGAAUACAAUUCUAGCUGACGAAGAAGAAAACUCCUCUGCUUAUGGAUCAAGUGCAGAUAUUUUACAGCUUGUGGUGCUAGAUGAGUUGAAGAGAGUCUGCAAAGCAAAUCCGCAAGAAAAAGGAAGGCAUAUCAAAGCAAUUUUCCAGUUAGCUAAUUCAAGUAAAUCGCAAAGUGUGCUUUAUGAGUGUGCAUCAACUUUAAUGCAGUUAACUAAAGCACCUAAUGCAGUCAAAUUAUCAAUUUCGACUUAUAUAAAGCUUCUCAAUGAUCCAAGUGCCGACAACAAUGUAAAAUUGCUUGUGCUUGAAAAGUUGGUAGGAAUAAAAGAGCAGUUUCCAAAGCUCUUACAAGAGCAAGCUGUCGAUUUAUUGAGAUCUCUGUCAAGUCCAUCGAAUGAUAUUAGAAAAAAAUGUUUAGAUCUGGUUUUAGGGCUCCUAUCAUCAAGAAAUGUUGAAGAAAUUGUGAGGAUCCUGAAAAAAGAACUUCUCAAUGUCCAAAGCCAAAAAGAAGAGCUUCCUUAUCAAGAACUUUUAAUUAUUUCACUCCAUAAAUGUGCUGUUAGCUUUCCUGACAUAACUGGACAACUAGGUCUUGUUGAGGUUUUAAUGGAUUGUUGCCUACUCCAAGCAUCAACUUCUGCAGAAGUUGCAAGCUUUAUUCAACAGCUAAUGUCAAGCUAUCAAUCACUCCAAAACACGAUCAUUGAUAAGCUGCAUCAUAUUUUUGCUGAAAUCUCAUCUGCACAAGUCCACAGAACUGCUUUAUGAAUGCUUUCAGAAUACACCAGAGAUCCAGCCAAAACAAUAGUUCUCAUUCUCAAUACAAUUGGUGAAGGACCAUUUAUAAACAAACGGGAAAGAAUUGCUCAUACAGAAGUAGCAAAAGAUGAGCAAGAUAAAAUUCACCGCACUGUGAUUUUGCCUGAUGGGACCUAUGGGACACAAAUUAUUUCGUCUUCUGACUUUUCAAGGCAAAAAAAUGUAAGCGGGCUGAGGAAACUUUUGACAGAAAUCGAAGAAGUUGACUUCUUUUUGGCGACCGCCAUAUCUGUAUCGCUGACUAAGUUACUGUUCAAAAUUGAAGAAAGAAAUAGAGAAAAUUAUAAGCAGGAUAUUUUAUUGAUGUUAUGUGGGUUGGUACAGCUAAGAACAUAUCCUUUAAAACAUAAAAAUGAAAAAGAGUAUAGUGAAGUUCCAUACUCAAUAGACCCAGAUAAUUUUGAAAGGAUCGUUCAGUGCAUUCAAACACUUACUGGAAUGAUUUCUCCUGACUGACUUGAAGGUGGAAAAGAACUUUAUAGCCGAUCUCAGAACAUUGCUAAACAAAUUGAAGAGCAAUUAGAAGAAGUAAAACAGAUUUCUCAGCCAGAUGAUUUAAUUCCAAUUAAGCAGCUAACUUCUUCCUUAAAUUGGAACAAAAUAUCGGUAUUUUGGGAAAUUAGAUCCUCCAUAAUUUGGAAUAAAAUUUUAUUUUUAUAAUUUAUAUGCAAAUAGCUCGAUGACCAAAUUAAUAGCUAAACAUAAUUUUUUUUCUAUAAAUUGUUCUUCAAUGAGGAAACAUAAAUAAUAAGUUAGCGAUAAAUUUUAUAAAUUAAUUAUUACCAAAAAAUCUUUCUUAAAAAAAGAAUAGCUCCUUUUAAAUUAAGACAAAUUUUUUUCAUUAAAGGAGGAGUAAGAGGUAGAGAAGGGAUAAGUGACAUGGAUUUCAUCAUCGAAGAAGACAGCUUUAAGGCCAUUUUCCAAGACACAGACGAAGAGUAUUCCAAAAGAAUUAGCAGAGUCAGACAGCUGACAGGUCUUGGAGAUCCUGUUUAUGUUGAAUGUAUGAUGAGGAUGCAUUUAUACGAUAUCGUCUUGGAAUUCUCCGUCUUUAAUAGAUCCUCUGAAACGAUUCAAAAUUUAACUCUUGAGCUUGCUUCUCAAGGAGACUUAAAAAUGGUAGAAAAGCCUCUACCCAUUAAUUUAGCACCUGGAAAGUCAGCCCAAAUCAAAGCCAGCGUCAAAGUUAGCAGCUCAGAAGCUGGACGCAUUUUCGGGAAUUUAACAUAUGACUCUCCUAAAGGAGGAAAUUUAAAUGUAAUUACUCUGAAUGAAAUAACUAUUGAUGCCAUUGAAUAUAUUCACCCUGCAACUUGUAGUGAAAGCCAAUUCAGGCAACUAUGGCAAGAAUUUAAAUGGGAAAGCCCAGUAAACGUUGCCAGCACUAAGACGAAUCUUUUGGACUAUAUUCAAAAAUUAUCAAAAAUAUCUAAUGUAAAUAUUUUGACACCUGAAAAUGCAAUGCUUUGUAGUGAACAUUUUCUUGUGUGUAAUAUGUAUGGGCAGUCAAGAUUUGCUGAGGAUGCGUUGAUGAAUUAUCUUAAUCUUAAUCAGCAGAUGGCUUGGCCAUAGUGAUUAUGAACGAAGCACACAAGGAGCCUUGAUAGUUUAUCCGCUUGCGAAAUCACCUGCUGGCAUUGGAUAGUUGAGAUUAUUUGGUUGGUAAACUGCUUCGAACACCAUCUUCUUCCUUCUCUGGAUUCUGAUGCUUUGGACAUCAGAAGUGUCAUGCACUGAGGCGCCUCUUCUUGCCUUUUUUGCUCCAGUAUUUGACUAUAGACUUCAUCUGCGGCCCUGCUUCUGGCAAUUGAGGAGUAGAUUGAUCCACAGAGAAAACCUGGGGUCUAAUGGGUGCUGGUUGCCUUCCCCUCAGCUACAGGAAAAAGGCUUAACGUUGGCCCAGGCUGCAAAUCAUGAUAUCGUGGCAAAAUCCACCAGGCUGCUUCUUUCCAACUACAGGAACUAAGUCAAAGCCUACAGGAUAUAUAUAAUCGCGUAUCAGACCUUAAUCUAGAUUGAUUUCUUGCCUAGUUCGCAUUGGUCGUAAGGUCGAGAAAAUUCAUCAAAAAGUCGAGUACAGUUAGGUCGCCAUUUUAUAUAUAUGCUGAUGAAUGUGUCAAUUGAAAGAAAAGAUAAUGGAAUUAUUGGGAGUAUUAGAGUCAGAGCGAAAACUCAAGGAAUGGCAAAGUGUAUAGGAGAAAGAGUUGGAGCAAUUAUCCAGCAUAUUAAAUAA